UCUAAGAUUGUCUACAGGACCCGUAUGCGAGGAAAAGGAGGAACCUGCUGAGGGCAGUAGCUCAGUGCAGUAACAGUUGAAGAACUCAUAUUAGGACUGCUAGAGUACUGAUUCCGUUCAGAGUGAUGUCAUUGGGUUAAGACUUCAAAUGUUAUGAAAUAAUGGUCAGACAUAACGCUUGUAUAAGGAAGUACCAUUACAUUGGAUGUCGUAAUGCCCCCAGUUAAGACCACAUCUAAGGUAUUUCCAUUAAUCCAGGUCGGGUCAUGUACUAAUUGAACAAAACCAAAAGUAUCAAUUAUUGUCUGAAAAGCCACACUAAGGGACUGAUAAACACAGACGGGGACCCUUCCUUGCUUCGUUAUUGUCGUCAUCUGUUAGUUAUUAUCUGUUAGCUUACAGUGGCUUACGUAAGGGUUCAGUCUUUGUUCUCUCUUAUUUAUAGAAGUUCUCCCUCAGUGCCCAGUCAAGGAUAAGACACCAGACGAGCCUAUAUGACGGAGUGGCUGGAAAAGCGGAAAAAAAGGCACAUCUGAUGCUGGAGAGGCAGAUGCAUGAGUAUCUCCAUCAGGGUGGAGCUGAUGCUGUGUGCUCGUCUUGCUGUUGUUGCGUCAAUCUUAUGAAGGAAAUGGGUGUUGAGGCAGCACAGAAAAUGCCAGCUGUGAAGCUCUUAGGCUGAUGGUAACCACUGGGGGGAGGGGGGGUUCCACCUUCUCACAGUGGCAGGGGGAGCGCUGGCGGGAGAAUCAUGUCUGACUCCAGCGCUACAGGACUGAUCUGCAACAAGGGUUCAGCCAAUUCCUACACAAGUCGACCCUCUGACUCCGACCUGUCCCUGGAGGAGGACCAGGAGGCGUCUCGGCGUGAAGCCGAGCGCCAGGCUCAGCUGCAGCUAGAGAGGGCCAAGUCCAAACCAGUGGCAUUUGCAGUGAAAACAAAUGUUAGUUACUGCGGGGCCCUGGAUGAAGAUUGUCCGGUCCAAGGUGCAGCCAUUAAUUUUGAAACCAAAGACUUUCUGCACAUAAAAGAGAAAUACAACAAUGAUUGGUGGAUUGGUCGACUGGUGAAGGAGGGGGCAGACAUCACUUUCAUCCCGAGCCCUGUCAAACUGGAGGCCAUCAGGAUAAAACAAGAGCAGAAAGCUGCAGCGAGGAAAGGGGGGAAUGCGUCAUCCGGGGGAUGGAGAUCCACGCCUCCAUCUGCAGCCAAACAGAAGCAGAAACAGACUGAACAUGUUCCUCCGUACGAUGUGGUUCCUUCUAUGCGGCCCGUGGUGCUGGUUGGACCUUCGCUGAAAGGCUAUGAGGUCACAGAUAUGAUGCAGAAAGCUUUGUUUGACUUCCUGAAGCACAGGUUUGAUGGCAGGAUCUCCAUUACACGGGUGACCGCUGACCUGUCACUGGCAAAGCGUUCUGUUCUCAACAAGAAGACCAUCAUGGAGAGGUCCAACAUGCGCUCCAGUCUUGCUGAGGUACAGAGUGAGAUAGAAAGGAUCUUCGAGCUCGCCAAAUCCCUCCAGCUGGUCGUCCUGGAUGCAGACACCAUCAAUCACCCGGCACAGCUCCUCAAAACGUCGCUGGCCCCCAUCAUUGUCUACGUCAAAGUGUCAUCUCCCAAAGUUCUGCAGAGGCUGAUUAAAUCUCGAGGGAAGUCACAGAGCAAACACCUCAACGUGCAGAUGAUGGCCGGGGACAAGCUUGCACAGUGUCCGCCUGAAAUGUUUGAUGUCAUCCUGGAUGAGAACCAGCUGGAAGAUGCAUGUGAACACCUGGCGGAGUAUCUGGACAUUUAUUGGCGUGCGACACACCUUCCUUGUUCUGCCCCCGUCAACCCUAAAAACGACCAAAGCGUCAUCACCCCUCCUUCUGCUAACUCCAGCCAACAGUUUUCUGAGACUCAAGAAUUGAUAGAGUGAUCCUUUUCUUUCACACGGAAGCUUAUAUUGUUUGCCGGAGUUUGCACGGCACAGGCACAAAGGCGCCACCGGUGGGCAGCAACUGCAACAGCUCUUAUCUCCAUCAUCGAGUCUGAAGGAAAUGCUAUGCAGUGAAAAGGUUGAAACAAAAAAAACCGGAUGAGGGACCAUUUACAUCAUCAUCGUGCCAUCAUUCAGAGCACCACGGGCCCAUUGCUGCCACCCCCCCCACACACACACCCAAUGCCACGGGACUACUCAGGGUACUCAGCUAAAUGAACACAAUACAGUAGCGAAGACACUACAUGCACCUCCUACAAUGCUUGCCACUGAAAGUCAUGCCUUCCCGCCCCCCCUUCACUUUGAAAGCUGAGCCAGCCCCCAUUUCCGACCCAGAGGUGGCCAACCUUGGCGCAAGCAAGGUGAUUCAGCACUUAUGUUCAUCAAAUGACGUGCUUUAAAGGUCAGCCUGUGUUAGCAUGCUCCACUGUAGCAAAGUUGUCACAUACUGUAUGAAACUGGCCAGCAGAAGGUUACCAGGGUUCAUUCCUGUUAGCGACACACAGUACUUCUCUAUGCCUUCCAUUUCUACAGCUCGACACCAAGCUGACAUUCCACUUCAACUAAGUGCUUCCUGGAAAAGGCACACACGUUUCUAGUUGUCACAGUGAAGCAGUUGCUUUUAUUCCUUCGUCAUAUUCUGUAGCCCUUUUUUUGACACGUUGGUUUAUAAAGUCUUAUAUCAGGCUCAUAUCUUGACAAAUAUACUUAGUAGCUGAUUAUAUAUGUUUGUGCACACUGUGAUGCAUGAUGCAUGCAUAAAACCGCUGGCUUUAAAGGGGACCUAUUAUGCUCAUUUUCGGCCCUUUGUAUUGUGAUGUGGACUCCUAUAGCGCAGCUACACACAAUACACAGAAAGUUUUCUAGAUCUUCCAGAUUCUGCACUAUUCCAGCUGUAUUUCCUUGGAUUUCCAAAAAGGUCUGUUUUAAUUUAUUCCACCCACUGCCCAACACCGGGCACGCCCACUCCGCUGUGAUUGGCCACACUCCCAUGCCCAACGGACUCUCGGACUACUGCCGAAGCCCACUUUAUAAUUCUAGUUGAUAAUAAAUGAAUGAAACCUUUGGAGAGCUACUUGAAUAGAGUGGUAACGUGGGCAACGCUGGUGCCGUGGAGCUCAGGAGAAGCCAGUCAUGAGGGUGCUGCCUUCACCUCGCUUGCCCAGGGAGGAGCACUCAUUGUCAGACGCACUUUGUCAGAAGCACAGUUGGUGCCAUGGAGCUCAGGAGAACCGGAACAUGAAGAUGCUGCGUCCGCCUUGCCUGCCCAAGGAGGAGCACUCAUUGUCGGACACACUUUGUCAGAGGCCCCGCUGGUGCCGUGGAGCUCAGAAGCUGGGCGUGAGUUAGUAAGUGCAUGUUUAAAAACCUCAGGUAGACCCACCUAUUGUGGUGAAAAAGGCUAUUAGCAACUCCAGACAUCAGUGAGCUUGUAAUUUGCAUGCAUGCAGGUAAGACGCUCCCUGUAUACUCACUCUGUAAUGCUAUACAGACAACCGCUUAGUUACACUAAAUAUUUAUUUAGAACAUUUAUACGGAAAGUGGAAUAAUUCAUUCUUUCUUUGACAACUACCCAGCCAUCCAUUUUCCUUCGCUUAUGGGUCCGGGAAGCCCUGGCGACCCGGCUCCACCAGGAGUUCACCAGCCAGGCCAGCUGUGAGACAUAAUCCCUCCAGCAUGUCCUAGGUCUGCCCCGGGGCCUUCUCCCAGCUGGGCAUGCCCGGAUCACCUCACCAAGGAGGCAUCCGGACUAGAUGCCCGAGCCAACUCGACUGGCUCCGCUCGAUGUGAAGGAGAAGCAGUUCUACUCUGAGCCCCUCCCGAAUGGCUGAGCUCCCCACCCUAUCUCUUAGGGUGAGUCCAGCUACCCUACGGAGGAAACUCAUUUUGACUCUUUUAUCCACGAUCUCGUUCUUUCGGUCACGACCCAAAGCUCAUGACCUUAGGUGAGGGUGGGAACAUAGAUCCACCGGUAAAUUGAGAGCUUUGCCUCCCGGCUACAAGAAGGUCUGGUACAGCGACAUUAUUACUGCAGAUGCUCCACCGAUCCCCCUGUGGACCUCACGCGCCAACCUUUCCGGAUUCGUCAACAAGACCCCGAGAUAUUUGAACUCCUCCACCAGGGGCAGGGCUUCAUUCCCAACGCAGAAGGUGCAAUCCACAACUAUAUUCAUUUAUUUUGUACACAUUAUUAUGACUUGAAAUAUGCAUUAUAUCAUCACAAAUAUAAAAAACAUAAUGAAAUGUAAUCCAAUAUGUAGCAAUAGUCAGGUUUCUACUCAUCACUGUACUGAUUAGAAUUAGAUACUGUAAAUUUGUUCACUAUCUUUCUGUACAACCUGCUGUGGUAUAUUUGAUUUAUUUCAGGUUUCUCUACCACUUGGGAAUGACGGUAUUUAAAAUCAGAAGUCAUGAGACUGUAAAACCCUUUUACAGUAUAAACAUAUCAGUGAAUUUAUCAAAAGUUUGUAUUUUAACUUCUUUUUUGCCGUUGUAUUGCCUUGGCCUUGGCUUUGGCCUUGGCCUUGGCCUCGGCCAACAGUAUAUUUUAGUAAACACAUCCAUGAAAGCAUCCGGUACCAUCAUGUAAAACCAACUAACUGACAGACAGUGAUUACUGUAAAUAAUAAAUAAUCUAAAUGCAUGAUAUCAUUGUAUUGCUGUUGCAUUCCAAAGGGCUUUACAAGACCAUGCUCAUGGCAGCCUACUUAACCAAUCACGUAUUAUCAAAGCUUCAGUGUACAUAUUGUAUGUUUACUCUGCAGAUAUUCUUAUGAUGAUUAUACUGUAAAUGUUAUUGUCAAGCUGCAUUUAAUGCAGAGAAGUCACAGCAUAAAUCUAUAACGGACAGCACAGAAUGCAUGCAUUUAUGUACUAUGUACUCUUUUUUAGAAUGUAUUGCAAAUGUGUAAUACUUUCUACUAACAUCUGCAUUCAUUAGUUUCUGUUCACAAGACAGGGACCACCAUACAUUCAAUCAGUGAAACUAAAGUAUACAUAAUGCUCUCUUGAAAAAAUGGCACACGCUCUAAAAACCCAAAGCACAUUUUCUUAAAUGUCCUGUAUGCAAUACUGUAUAUCUAACAUUGCCCAGGCAAAAGCUGAGACUAUCACCAUACCUGCUCAGGUAUACUGGAGUAUAUGUUUGCACUACUUGUCCUUUUACUGUCUGCUUUAUGAUGCAAUAAAUACAGCACACA